AUGUCGGGGAUCUACCCGGGUACGUCGUCCCCUGUGCGAUAGGGAAGUGUGCUGGGGUGCAAGCCCACACGCGGCAACUGCUCCGUCAGUCUCACGUCUUGGAUUCGGUCUCGAAACGUCGGAGACACCUGCCCUGUGGGGUCGUGCGCGGCAACGCCGACGGGGGGCGUGUUCGCAUUAGUAGGCAGCCCUUCGGGCGUUGCUAGUAGCUUAUCUCGAGGCUGCACUCGUGUUCCUGUUGCUUGUGGUUGGCUGUAUUGCCGCAAUCUGUCCGCAUACUCGUACACCGCGUGCAGUGUGCCCGUAACUAACCCGUCCUGGGGGUGGCGCCCGACUCCGCAGAGCCUCAGUAUGUGUUAAGCGAGCCAGCGACGGCGAUCCUGUCCGACACGCGUCAGACCAGCCUCACCCCGGCCGCUCUGGCCAUCAUCAACUACACUCUCGAUGAGCUCUUGCAGCUCUGGGUUCAUGCCGCGCUUACUCAAUCUCCCUCGACACCGACCACCUCGAUCACCUCGGGCGCCCCGCCGACGAGCGCGCCUUCCAGGUCGGGCCCAAGCCCGCUCGGACCUUCGGACGCUUUCACCACCGAGAGACUCAAGGCCGGUGUCAUUCGCGUCCUCGGACCUUUGGGCAAGAACAGCGUGCUUGAGGCCGAGCUGGCCGUUCGCGAGUUGCUGAGGAUGAGCGCCCCGAGCCUUCGAGCCGAUCCGGCACUGCGCAGGGCCCAGCCAACGAUUACUUCGAGUGCGACGUCAAGGGACGCAGUUUCGGCUCAACAAAUUGUAACUCAAGCUGACACAAUAUUCCGUGCCCUGAGGGAUUGGCUGAUGAUCAUCUCGGGACUUGGGGGUGAGUCAGAAGGCACGAAUAUUUGCCAGUACAGAGCAUUGUGCGAUACUGACUCCUGUUGGAUCCCAGCUGCUUGUCCAAAUGGUGGUCCCACCAAACUUGGCAAUCAUCUUCGUGCGCUUUCUCCAUCUCCGCCUCCUCCCGAGAACAGUAAGUCGCUCAUUCACUGAAAAUGCACUCGUCUCGGAAGAGCCGCUGACGUUCGGCCGAUAACACCCCACGCCACCUAGAUUCUCCUCAUCUCACGUUCAUGCUCGUGCUCUAUGCCGAGAGGUGUCUUUCCCAUGUCGCCGAGCAUUUGAUCCGAGCUGUAGGACAAGUCAACCAGCGUGGGCUCUCGGAGGCCGUCGAUCUACGGGACGUGGAGCUGGCCUUUGCAGAGGACGAUUUGAUUUGGUCCUGGCUGAGGGGGAUGCGGAUCCGUGGGCAUCUUGAGGCCGAAGUUGCCGCGUCAAAGUCGAUCGACUCGCCGACUAAUCUGUCUCGAAACCCCAAACUCACGAGCUCGCCGAAGCUGGGCCGGCCUUCCAGCCUCCAUCGGUCAAGCUACGAUUCGAAAAUCGGGUCCAUCUCAAGCGUCAAGGGCGAUGGCCUGCCCAGUCCCACUCUAGCGGUAGAUUCGGUCAGUCCCAGUCCAUUUUGUAGCUGAUUCAAGCACGAAGCUGACGACGAGAUCUCCUGUUUAGCAGACUCUGGACGACUUCGAGUCACUGCUGCAAGACAAUCGCACGAUGAAGUUGUCCUUGACCCCCGACCGGCUGCGGACGAUGGAACGACUCGGAGAUUCAGGGCGAAACCAACUGAACGGCUCAGGUGUUGAUGCGUCAGGGGAGUCUGCGCUCUCUCGAGUCAGCAUCAACUCGACCGCUACUCCAAUCCCAGUCAAGCGGCUCCAGGCUCGAUCCCCACGACCGCCCGAUGAGCUCGAAGUGCUUCAAGAGGAUCCACUCAUCGACAUCCUCAACUCGCCCCCGCCCUGGAGCAGGCAGUCAUCGAAUGAUAAUAACCCUACCGGCGCCGGAUCUGGCUCGGUUCCCAUGAGAGUACAAGACUCGCAAAGUUCGAACGCCAGUUCCGACAUCGAGCCCGUCGUGAUUGAAGGUCCAAACGCGCGAAUGAGAGGAAUAAGGGCCAAAGACGAGCGCGAGGAUCUCUUGUCCGAACGUCAGGUCAACAACGACUUGGUCGACUUCUUCAGCGCGCCUCCACCUAGACCCUCGGACACGCAGAGCAUUGCCUCGGCCGCCCCUUCGUACGCCACAAAUGCACCGUCGGCCUCACCGGCUACUGUCACGAAUCGCAUUGGCGACGCUCCACCCUCGCCUAGUCCCGUCAAGAAGCGCGGCGGAUUCCGGACGCUCUUCAGCAAAUCCAAAGUGGCUGCUUCGAACUCGGAGGAGAGCCUGUCGACGACCAGAACGUCGACUGAUGCUUCCGCCUCGUCGUCGCCGAACAGCAAGAACCAAUCGUUCCAAUCAAGGAAUGCCAAACCUUCUGCCGAGAUGGUGUCGGCGGCGGCUCUACUGGCGACGGGCUUCUCGGAAACGACCGUUCGUCAAGUCGCACAACCCGUGCAGCGCCUCUCUUCUCUGGAUCGACAAGCCUCAGCUGGAUACAGCGGCUCGGAGAUGGCGAGUGCUACGACGUCAGCCGUCUCGCAAGCACAGAUGCAGCGAAAUCGAAGUGAAUCCACCGAGCCUCCGACCAGGCCUCCCCCGCGUCUUCCCCCAGGCCUUAGUGAAGAACCGGGAUCAUACCAGACCAUCGUACCUUCGCGUGAAACGGCGUCUUCUCUUCGCUCUCGUGGAUCGAUUUCCUCGCCGCAGGUCGUUGACGGUACGACCUCUCAAACGUCGCGGUCACGAGCUCCGUCCCAUGACGCCACUUCUGCUACCGACUCUAUGGCUGGAGAGCACUUGAGCGUAACUCGUGGGAUAAGCAAUACUGCUGAUGGCGUCUUGUUGGGGGCUGCAUCUGCGGGCACCGCUGGCUUAGCCCUUGCUCGCCCCGAGAAGAGUCGCUCGUGGGAACCUACGGCUGGAACGGUGGCGACGCAGACCGAUCGGAUAUCGACAACCGAUGCUUCACCUUCCCCGGUCACCUAUCACGACGAUGCGGACCCGUGGAAGCGAGAUGACUUGGUCGACUUGCGUCGACGGAUGGCAGCUGCUUCUACCAAGGACGAGGCGCUCGAACUCUUUGAUCAACAGUUCGGCACUGGAAACGCCGCUACUGUCGAGCCUGCGGCACUGGUCACGAAUGGGAAGGUGUCGAACGGGUUGAGCGGUCUUGUAGGUGCGGCUGUGAUGGCCCCUUUGGCCGCGGUUGCGGCUGCUGGGGCCACCCUCUUCGGCACGAACCAUGACUCGACAUCCAAGGUUGAGCCAGCGGAAUCGAGUCCAGCGCCUGACGCCGGCGAGUUGCACUUGACACCGGAUCAGGCCCAAUACGACGAACGUGUCCAAGCCGCCAUAUUUGACUACUUCCUCUCCGGUGGACAGCCCGCAUACGAACCCAACCCUCAACAUGAUCAGAAAGCGGGAGUAGGGGCGGAGGCGGAGGAUUCUGAAUCCGAAGCCUCCGAGGAAGUCGAUCCCGCACCGCCGAUCGGUGGACAGUCGACCGAGAUCGAGGGCUUGGUGGAGAAGCAUCGCAAGACUGGUGGAUUCGAACCCCCAGUGGAACCAUCUCAGGCAGGCCUCAUUGUAUGA